AUGGCGCCUAAACAGCUUAAGCUUACUAGCCUUUUACCCAAGCUCGACACCAAUGCUCCCAUUGAGCUCAGGGCAGGCAUUACCAGCGUUCGAGUGGCGCCGGAGGUUGAGGCUGCAAGGACUGAGCGCGAGAAGGCACAUGCCGAUGAGAGGAUUGCAAAGCUUGCUGAAGCGGACGCUGAGGCCGGCAAGGCCAUCAUUGAGCAGGCCACGGCUCCUGGACACCAGCCAGUUGGCAGGCCCAGCAAUGCCAAGCCUUCCCUCGCGUCGCUGCUGCGCUGUUUGACCGGCGAACCGCUUCCCGUCCCCGAGCCCGCGCCGACUCCGAAGAACAAGAACAAGCGGGCUAAGGUGGCGCCUGUGCGUGGCAACUACGAAAAGCGCAGCGACGAGAUCAAGCGGAUUCAAACGCGGAAAUGCGGAUUCUCUUUCCGCAUUUCCGCCAAUCAAUCUGGGCUUCGCUGCGGAAAGCGUGACGAAACCUAUUUCCGCAGGUUUCCGUUUCCGCAGGUUUCCGUAUCGGCUCGUUCCCUGAGUUCAAGCUCCACUAGCUCCGAAGUUACGACAUGGUCUCAGAAGCGCGCGCUAACGAACUGCAAAACAUUACACCCUCCCCUCCUUAAAAACAAGCACCGUCCUCGGUGCGAAACCGUCAUUAAGCGGCCAUAG